AAAAACAAACCCCUGAAGGUGGGGGUGGCCUGGGAGCCAGGCACACCAUGGCAGAUAAGAAAAGGCUGUUAGGGUCAGGGUCACAACAACCGAUGCCUCUGGGCAUGCACUGCAAGCCCUGGUACAAAGAUAAACUACCUUCCAAGUGUUUGGCAAAACACAAGGUACUCAAAUUUCCCACCUCCCUGGACUGUCGACAGUGGAGAUUUGUGAAAGAGGGACUGGACGACUUCAGGAAGGGUUGUCCACCUUGUGAAGAUGUGAUCACCAGUGGCCCUAAGAAGAGCUUCCUCCCCUUGAUUCCUCAAAGAGUGCCCCUACCUCCACCCCCAAAGAGUCACAAAGUGCUAUACAAGGAUACAGGCCUGUUUUCCAAGCUCUCGCCAGCCCAGUUUGAGCGGAAGAAAUUCAUGGAGGACGUCGAAGCCCACCUGAACCAGCAUCGCUUGGCUAUGUCCCUGGAUGUGGACGAAGAUGUACCUGCAGAGCUCUUACUAAAGGUGCUGCAAGUGGUCGAUCCUGACAGGAGGCUGGAAGACACAUGGGCCUACUGUGAGGGCACCAGAAAAAGGAUAAAGCCCCCCCAAAAGGUUUUUAAAACUUAUCCUGAAAAAUUCCACCUGGAACCUCCCAAGAAGACUCCUGGGACAUGUCCUGAGAGUUUGGUUCGUGAAGGAAAAAAGCCAAGAAAAAAGGGCUCACGCAAACGUGUUCCUCGUAGCAAAGUUCCAGAAAGAGUUCGUGACUUCUGCAAAUGGGUUGCCACUUUUGGAGACUUAGGCAUUGAUGAAAACUUCUUCAUGCAACUUUUUGACAGAAGUUCUGAAUGCAAACAUACUCAUAAAACGUCCCGCAUUAAGAAAGUAACGCAGGUUCCUUUGGAGCUGAAGUAUUGCAAGGAGCUAGAUGAAGAGGAGCAGGUAAAUUUCUCCAUAGAAGAAACGAACUGGGAGAGAAAACUCCAGGAAAGAGAGGAUCCUUAUAAACCCAACCGUGUGAAGAUGAGGUAUGGAGCAUGGUACCUGAAGCCCAAAUUGUGGAAAAAGUUAAUAAAUAAUGAACCUUUGAUUGACCCCAACAUCGAAAGCUCCUUUGGGAAGCCUCCUACACCAGAUAUUCUUGAAGAACUUUAUGGAACAUUAGCCUUUAAAGAUUACGUUCUAAGCAAAGGCUAUGAAAUGCCAUCCAUGAUUGAGAGGUUGUUUGCCAGGAAGGGAUGGACAUAUGACUCUGUGAAGACUCCUAUGGAAAGAUCAAUAAGACUCUAUGCACUCAAAGAUGAUGAUGAGGAGGAGCCAGAGGCGGGGCAGUCACGGAAAGUUAAAUAAACAAUCUUUCAUUUACUACUUACUUUACUAUUUCUCUCAUCUUAUACAUGACACCCAC